AUGGGUGUCGCUAAAUUCUUAGGCGCCAAGACGGCCAAGCCUGUGGAGUCUGAGUCACCGGAGACCAGCACGUCUAAGUCGGAUGUCGCUGUUAUCUCAGAAGACCUUCCCUCUUCCAUUGACGAAGAGAAGCCAGCGGUAUUGGAGAACACCAGUUGGAAAAGACAUAUUUGGGAUACUUGGGGACAUCCAGACAAGAAGCAUGUGAAGAUCAUCUUCAAGCUGGAUGUUACUCUGCUGGCUCUAGCUUCGAUGUCCACCUUCAUCAAGUAUCUUGAUAAGAUUAAUCUCAGUUAUGCCUAUGUUAAUGGUAUGAAGGAAGAGUUGGGAAUCGAGGGAAACGAGCUCAACUAUGCCAACACUGGUUACAAUAUUGCCUCGAUCAUCUGUGGUUUUCCAUGGGCCUUUUUGAUGGUCAAAAUGAACACCAAAUGGUUCGUUGUUCUUGUGGAACUUUUCUGGAUUUUGGUGACUUUCUGCUUCUCUGCCGUCAAAACGCCUACUCAAAUGGUUGUGCUGAGAACGAUAGUUGGUGCUUUUGAAAGUGCGCAUUAUCCAGCUCUGAGUUACAUUCUUGGAACCUACUACACUUCGGGAGAACUUGCCAGAAGAAACGUCAUUUUGCAAUCUUCUACUUCUAUCGGAUCGUUCUUUGCUGGUUAUGUUGCCAGUGGAACCUACACCGGUUUAAACGGUGUGGCUGGAAGGUCCGGUUGGAGAUGGGUUUUCAUUAUCGAUGGUAUCAUCUCGUUGGGUAUAAUUGGCCCUCAGAUCUUCUUUUUCUCGGACAGACUCUCCAACAGAAAGCCUGAUCUUGUUUUGAAUGAAACGGAUAUUGCCUAUCUCAAGGAGAGGAGGCCGGACCAGAAGGUCGACAAGUACGACUUCAAGCUCAAGGAUCUUUGGGAUGCAGCUCUCAGUCUGGAGGUGUGGGCCUUUUGGGGUUUCGGUGUUUUCCAGGAUCUUGCCAGUUUGUGUAGUAGUGCCUAUCUUCUGUGGCUGAAGGCUUGGAACAAAAGAGAACCGGGCAGUUACACGGUCCCUCAAAUCGACCAUUACGGCUCCAUCCUCUACGCUGUGCAAACCGUCAUUGCUCUGUCAAGUGGCUGGAUAUCAGACACGGUUUGCAGAGGUAAACGUUGGCCACCAAUUGUGGUUUCUGGUGUUAUCAGUUUCGUCGUCUGUAUUCUGUUGGGAGCCUUGCCUGUGUAUCCUAACAACAGGGCUUUCAGGUUCUUCCUGUACUUGAACACCACCUGGUCUCUGGCCACUGCCGGUCUUUACUGGGCUUGGUGUCAAGAGUAUUUCAAGGAUAACCUCAAGCAGAAGGCCAUUGCGACUGGUGGUAUCAACAUUGGUAGUUUUGUUGCCAACAGUAUCGUGAACAACAUCUGGUAUAAGACCUCAGAGAUGCCUAGCAUCACCGCAGGUUACUACAUCUCUGGUGUCAACGGUGCACUCUACAGUAUUGACGCCCUUCUUUUGGGUCUUUGGGAAAGGAGAAAGAGAAGAAGAACGAUUGGGUUCUAA